CUAAAGCAUUGAUAAGCAACAAUGUAUAAACAUCAAAUCCAUAAAUACAAACAAUAAACGGUUUGAAAAUCGUAUGUGGUGGUAGCCAAUAAACAUACAAACAGAAAAUACUACAGGCUUCCAUCGAAGGUGUGCGACUUCCACGCUAAGGCCUUAUGGUGGGGACGGAGGCGUCAUUCCAACUUGUUCAACUUGUAAUACGAACCAGUUGUAUUUCUCUCGCUGCGAGUGGCGUGCAUAACAACAAAUUACCGUUAGGUAUUCGAGUUAAGUAACUUUGUGAAUGAACGUAGUGAUUUUACGUGACACUGAUAGUAAACGUAAGUAGUGAGAGUGAUGAUUAAGUGACCGGAUAAUUGAACCACUGAUUUCGCUGACAAUAUCCGAUUUAAUUUCAAAGUUUGGCUAUGGCCAUGGGCGGCGCGAUGGACAGCUGCGGGCGAUGCAUGAAGGUCUCACUCGUCAUCAUCAACGUCCUCACACUUAUAGGUGGCGCUUUAGCUCUAGGCAUUGGAGUAUGGAUCUGGGUGUCCCGCUCGUUCCCCAGCACGCUGAUGAUGAACAACAUGUUCAUCGCGUCCGUCGCGGUGAUCGUGGUGAUGGGCGCCGCCGUCAUGUUCCUCUCGCUGCUCGGCUGCUGCGGCGCGGCCAAGGAAGUCAAGUGUAUGCUGUUAACGUACUACAUCCUAGUGUUUAUUAUCUUCGUGGUGAUGUUAGUGGGUGGGAUCCUACUGUUCGUGUUCCGGGCUAAAGUGCUCACCACUCUGGAGCGAGAGAUGCACGCCUCCAUACCGUACUACGGUGCUAAGCACGAGUACACCAAGGCUUGGGACGACACGCAGACCUACCUGCAGUGCUGCGGCGUCAAGAGCUAUAAGGACUGGAACGACAAUGUUCCUGAGAGUUGCUGUCAAGAAGUCUACCCGGGAAAGCGGCGGGAAUGCCAGUACUCUCAGAACCCGACGACGAUGUACAUGGACGGCUGUUACAGUAAGACGGUGGACUUGCUGCGCGAGGACGCCGUUUAUGUUGGCGCUGUGGCCAUCGUUGUGGCAUUGAUUAUGGUAUUGGCGCUAAUAUUUUCAUGUGGAUUGUUUGUGAAAAUAGAGUGACGAUAUGAUAACUUUGAAAACUUUGUGGUGACCUUGUGUAGUUGAUUAGGAAAAUUGCGUUGAUUAAUCAUUGCCUGGUUUUAAUCAGGUUUAACGCCUUUAGCACACCGACGCAUUCGCAUGCGGUAGCAACGUAUUAACGCCUUCAUUUAUGUCAUAGAGACGCUGUGCAGUGACGCAUAGGUUGACUUUUGCUGCAGCAUGCAAAUAUGUCGCGUUCGGUAUGCCAAUGGCGCUAAAGCUCGAAAUUUUGCUAAAAAUUUACUAAGUAAUUUAUUUUGUAAAUGUAGAUUGAUACAUGUCUGAAAUAAAUUUUUAUACUGAUUU